AUGGGGCUUCUUUCGCUCGGGACACCAUUGGACUGGCACGAGCUGAAGCAACACAAUGAGCACGUCCGUGAACACGGCAUCGCCCAGCUCAUCAACAUCUUCGCCCAGCACCUGUCUCGCGACGAUGACCGCUUCCUUUGGGGCGAUGAGGUCGAGUACAUGUUAGUGGAUGUCGAUGAUGCCGACCACACCGCUAAGCUUGCCAUCGAUUACGACCAUAUCCUCGACGAUCUCAACGAUCCCACUAAGGCGGGACCUAAGGCCGAAGCCGCCAACGUGCUGUUCCACCCGGAGUACGGGCGCUAUAUGCUUGAGGCGACACCGCUCCGCCCGUACGACGGCGACUGUGUGGCUGACUAUGUCUACAUUGAGGAAAACAUGGAGAAGCGUCGUGAAGUUGCCGAAAGCGAGUUGCCUAAGAAUAUCGUCCCGUUGACCAUCACCACCUUCCCGAGAAUGGGGUGUCCUCAAUUCACCCUGCCUCCAGCCAAGCCCAUCGGCCCGGCGUCGCAGUCGUUAUUCCUCCCUGACGAAAUCAUCAACCGCCACGCCCGGUUCCCGACAUUGACGGCGAACAUCCGCAAGCGCCGGGGACACAAGGUGGCGAUCAACUUGCCCAUGUACCCUGAUCAGCACACUAAAUUGUUGGACGACUCCAUCCCUCGUGACCGGGGGCUCUUCCCUUCAGACGCUGAGCCUCACUUGGGGGCGCUGAAGCCCGGCCACGUGUACAUGGACUCGAUGGGGUUCGGCAUGGGGUCGCUGUGUAUCCAGAUCACCAUGCAAGCUGCCAAUAUUGACGAGGCACGCUAUCUUUACGAUGCCCUCGCGCCGGUGACGCCAAUCAUGUUGGCGCUUUCGGCUGCCGCACCGAUGUUCAAGGGUUACUUGGUAAACCAGGACGUGCGGUGGAACGUCAUUUGUGGCGCCGUCGACGACCGGACGUUCUUGGAACGCGGGGUUGACCCUUACCCCGGCUACCACCUUACCGGUGGCAUGGACAUUGACCCCCAGCGGCACUUGACCAAACACGCCACCAACCACACCAUCAACGAGUACGGCGACAUCAGCAACCUCAAGACCAACGACGGCAAGCCCAUUCAACGGAUCCCGAAGUCGCGGUACGGGCUGAUCGACCAAUACCUUGGUGACGGUGCUGUCACUGGGUACUUCCGCGACGACUAUAACGAUAUCAACCCGCCUUUGAACCGCAAAGUGUUGGAACGCUUGCAGCAGCAAUCUGGAUUCGAUAAGCUUUUGGCCCAGCACUUUGCCCACUUAUUUAUCCGUGAUCCGCUUGUGGUUUUCUCGGAGAGAGUCAACCAGGACGAUACUCUUGACAACGACCACUUUGAGAAUCUUCAAUCGACCAAUUGGCAAACGCUUCGGUUCAAGCCGCCGGCGCUUUACCCUGAAGGUACUGACUUGACCAAAGUUCCCGGGUGGCGGGUAGAGUUCCGCCCCAUGGACCUUCAACUUACUGAUUUCGAGAACGCCGCCUACCUGACAUUUAUCGUGUUGUUGCUGAAGGCGAUCCUCAAAUUCCGCCCUAACCUUUACCUCCCCAUCUCCAAAAUUGAUACUAAUAUGGACUGGGCCCACGGCGUCGACUCUGUGAUCGACCAAAAGUUCUGGUUCCGCUCGCUUAGGAAGUGGAACUUGCGUAACAGCGACUUUAUUGGCUACGAUCUCACCUGGUUUGACCGCUACACUAAUAAAGGCAACGAUGUUGCCGGCUACCUCAACGGCUACAGCCGUAACGGACCGGUGAAGGAAGAAGCAUCCAGUACCGAUGAGGACGGUGAAGUUGACACUAUUGUCGAUGACUACGAUGAAGUCGACAGCGACGGCCACGAAAAACGGUACACUGUGGCUGAGAUCUUCAAUGGUACCGAUAAAUUCCCGGGGCUUAUCAAGCUCGCCAUCAAGGCCUUGGCUACCGAAGUGCUUCCAGCGCUGGAACAAGGCCAUUGCAACUGCGCUAAGCUCGAAGCCCAGGUGGUGCGGAUCAAGUACUACUUGAUGUUGCUUUCCUACCGAGCCUCAGGCAAGAUCCCCACCACGGCCCACUGGCUCCGCGACCACGUCACCCACCACCCCGACUAUCGCCACGACCUGAAGGUGUCACAAACAAUCAACUACGACCUCAUCAAGUUGGCGGAGGCGGUGACGCUGUACGAUAAGACCGCCCUUGAGCCGUUGUUGGGCGACGAGAUCACCUCAUUUUUGACUGGCGGCACUUCCGCGUAG